CCACCAUCGAUAUCUCGCUUUAUUCAUUUCUGUCGCAUCUGCACUGUCCAUUUCCCAUACCCCUCCCAUAUAGCAGACCAGAGGACCACGCGAGCAAGAAUGGCAGACGCACCCCCCUUUUUCAUCUACAAGCUCGUCCCCUCCACGGCGCCGGUGCGCGAACCCCUUCCGGACCGGCUCCCCAUCAGCGAGCUCGACAACCAAUCCGGCUUCAUCCACCUCUCCACCGCCUUCCAGGUCCCCAACACCCUCAAGCUCUUCUUCAAGGAUGAGCCUUUAGUGUAUGUGCUGCGCAUUCGCUACGAUAAGGUCGAAAACGAUAUCAAGUGGGAGAAUCCCGAGGGGACGGUGUGCGGGCCCCGACCAACGGAGGGGCUGUUUCCUCAUCUGUAUAACGGGCUCAAACUGGGCAAGGAUGAGGUCGAGAGUAUAUCGAUCUGGACGAAUGAAGAUGGCUGGGAUAAGGCGCUGACGCAGGCGAAGCCUUGGUUGCUGUAUUGACAUCUCGGUUGAUAAUUUUAUGGGAAUGGGCAAUGGGCGGAUGGGCACGAUUGAAGGCGGCGGAAUGUAGGGACCAGGGGUCUUUGAUGUAAGCAUUGUGUAGUAGGGAAGUGUGUAGGAGAGAGGGGGGGAAGGAUUUGGCGGUACUCUAUGAAAGGUCUUGUUAAUGCAUAAUUCGUUGCGC